AGACGGAGCAGGUUUCAUUGCAUCUGACUCAACACUUUGCAACCUCCUCCUUUUAUAAAACAUUGUAGUUGACUCCUGAGUUGCGCCAUAUGGCACCACUAAAGCUGGCUCCACCCAAAAACUAAAGAUUUCUGGGACAUGUAGUUGUUCCAUUACUAAUUUUCUAUUGUAAGUGUUGGAUACAGACUUCAAAUCCCACAAUUCCUGCAAAGUAUAUAAGGAAGAGCCUGUGUUACCGUAAGCAGAACUCUGGGAUUCCAACAAGGAUACGGCCAUUCUUCCCUGCUCACCAUACAGGAGCCAUACUCACUAAUAUACCAGUUGUAUCAGUAUUUCAAGGGAUCAUCUCUACUUCUGGGGUGCCAAGUUACAGGAACAUGGAGGUGCGAGUCCUUUGGCUUUUGCUCUUUGCCGGAUCCAUGGCACAAGAAGACAUGAAUAGAAAUGUCUUCUUCUUCCCCAGAAGAUCUGCUGAUGAUUAUGUGGUUCUGACACCAGUGGUGACUGGGCCGUUACACAAUCUCACCGUUUGCUUGAGGAGCUAUACAGAUGCUGAAAGAUAUGCCCUUCUUACUGUGGGCACACUAGAGUCCCGGAUCUACAAUAUGUUUGUUAUUUUACAAUCCACAUUUAUUUAUUCCCAAACAUCACCAUAUCAGUAUUCCAAUAUCUAUAUAAACAAUAUGGCAUUACCCAUUCCUGAAAAGGCAGUUGUUCUGGACUGGAUACACAGGUGUGUGACCUGGGACUCUAACACUGGGGUUCUACAGCUUUGGGUUAAUGGGAAAGUCUCCCCUCGCGCAGUACUGCAGAAAGGCUUUUCUAUUGAUCUACAGGAUGGUAUUUCCCUGGGUCACAUGCAGCUAAGAUAUCAUAUUAGGCAAAGUCAGCACCGUUCAUAUGAUCGGAAUGAAUGGGAUUCAUCCUCUCUCUUUCAAGGGGAAAUAAGUGAUGUCCAUAUGUGGAAUGAGGUUUUGCCUCCUGAGACCAUAUGGCAGGUUCUGCUAAAUAAUAGGGAUAUCAAUGGGAAUGUCAUUAGCUGGAGGUCUCUGAACUACACUAUUAAUGGGGAUGUGACUGUCCAACCCAAACUCCAGUGUAGAUAUGGCAGUGAGUCUGGCAGCUCAUACAGUCAGUGCUCUAUGGAUUAAUGGAACUGAUAAAACACUAUAGAGUGCCUUUAGAAAUAAGGGGAGCCAUUGUUUCUAGAAAUAAGGGUGCAUCUAGUCAGCCAAAGCUGAUGUUAGGGGAAUGGCAAAAGGGUGAUUUUGUGCGUUUUGUCACCCCAGCAGUGGGAAGAUGACAAACCCUUGUACCGAAUCCCCUAUUCAUUCCUAUGCCAGUUGCCUGUAAUCUUAGGUCAGGUGAUUAUUAGUGAUGAGCAAAUUUUUUCUCCAGGCAUGGAUUCGCAGCAAAUGUCCGCAUUUCGUCAGUGGCGAAUUGCUUCACGAAACUUCUGUGGAAAUUUGCUGUUGGAAAAUUCGUCACUCAGAAUGUGUCACACAUCAAAUUGGGCACGGUCGCGUAAAAAAAAUGCAGACGACAAAAAAA